AUGGCUAAACCUCCAAAGUUUGCAAAAUAUGUUAUGACUAAUAGGAAGGAGUUGGAAAAAGCAUCAACCAUAUUGCUUAAUGAGUUAUGUUCAGCUGCGGUCAUCAAUGGGUUACCAAUCAAAAUGGGAGAUCCGGGCCAACUUACUUUGCCUUGUGAAUUUGGCAAUUCUACUUCUAUAAAUGCUUUAGUCGAUUUGGGGGAAAUAAUUAAUCUCAUGUCAUAUUCUUUCUAUAAGAAGCCCGGUCUACCAACGCUCCAAGGCACAAAGAUGACACUUAGAAUGGUGGAUCACACAAUCACUAACCCACGUGGAAUCAUUGAUGACUUUUUUGUAAAGGUGGGAAAGUUUGUUUUUCUGGUUGACUUUAUGGUUCUCGACAUGAAAGAAGAUGAAGACCUUCCCAUUAUUUCUGGAAGACCAUUUUUGAGUACCGCUAUAGCUCUAGUUGAAAUUGAUGACUCAAAGCUCACACUUGGUGUACGAAAUGACUCCAAAAAAGACCUUGAUGAGCUAGUUGAAAUCAAAAAGAUGAUGGAAGAAGAGUUGAAGGUUUGUGAGAAGCCUUAUGUUUCAAAUGUGAAACGUUGA